AUGAGUAUUUUAGUAACAAGAAAGGAAAUAUUUUCUUUCCUCUUACUAGUACGACAUAUUGCGAUCGUUGGAGCUGGCGCAGCUGGUUCUUCGGCAGCCUUCUUCCUCGAUAAACAACUUCUUACAUUAGGUCAUAGAGACAAAGUAGAAAUAACAAUAUAUGAAAAAGAAGCAAGAGUGGGAGGUCGAACUGCAACCAUCCAUCCUUACAAUGAUCCAAAAUAUGAUCCAGUUGAAAUAGGCGCCUCAAUCUAUGCUUCUGUCAAUUUACAUUUGAAACGUGCCAUUGAACAGUUCAAUUUAAGACCGAAGUUUCGUAAAAUCGAUGAAAACCAUGAUACCUAUCUGUACAACGGGAAAACGAUUCUUGUCGAUAUGGAUGAUUUAACAACUAGGUAUGCAGCUUAA